AUGAAUGAAAUCUCCGCCAUCGAGGAGAGCCACAAGUCGCUGACAUUAUUAACCGUCUUAGAAAAGUGCAGUUCCUCGAUCGAAGUCGCUUCUUGCGAGCUGCAGAAUGAUGACCAUCUCUCGCCCCCGGCACGUGGACCUCCCCAUCCUGCAAAUCGUACCCAUAUCCAUGCCAGAACCCGCGAGGAACGCGAUACCACACUUCCUCUGACCGAUUCACAAAUUGUGGGCAUCGAUAUCGGCGAGGCACGCAUGAACAGCUUGCCAUUACCAGGCCAUAUACUGAAUGGCCAACAUCUAGGACAGAUUAGGAUUGAAUCUCCCCAUGACCACAUCCGGACCAGUGCCGGCAUCGAGAUGGCAACAAAGCCAGACUGGAGUCCCACAUGUCCCACUGCAGGCUAUGAUGAUCCCUAUUAUGAGCUUCGGCAACAGUUGAGUCGGCAUCUUCCUGGAUCAAGCCAUAGGGCACAGCCGUUCCCUGUCACUAAGACAUCCGAUGCAUCCAAGGUGCCACGUUGCUCCAGUGUUGAUGACACGAGAUUCAUCAAAUGGGCAUGGAGUAUCAAUCAUAUAUAA